AUGGCAAAGAAGAGUCAAAAGCCUGCCAAGGCGGCGGUCGCGUCUACCGCAGCGGCAUCAUCAUCCGCCAACCGAAAUCAGCCUCCUCCCGGCCAGCUCAUGGACUUAGUUGAGUCGUUCUUGUCCGAUCAAGGAUUCGACAAUGCCCAUCGCGAAUUUCAGAAACACAGGGCAAAGAAAGGAUGGAAGAGCCAGAAUGCCGGAAAGCAGAAGGACAAGGCACAUCAUUCUCUGGUCAGUGUGUUCCAGACAUGGGAGACAUUCUCAAGCCAGGCAAACACACCCGUCAUUCCCAAGGACGAUCCCAUGAAGAAGAUCACCAAAGUCAGCAGUAGCAGUAGCGAUAGCGAUAGCAGCGAUGACUCAAGCUCAGAGAGCUCUAGCUCUAGUGAUAGCGACAGCGACAGCGACGAUUCCAAAGACGUCGCUAUGGCCGACGCGCCUGGUGAUGAAUCUAGCUCUUCUGAAAGUUCCAGCUCCGACGAUAGCGAUAGUGAUAGCGAGAGCGAAAGUGAAAGCGAUGAUGAGAAGGAAACAGCAGCAAAAGCAACCAAUGGUACUGCUAAGACUGGCGCAAACCCGUUGAAGCGAAAGGCAGCUUCCGAAAGCGACAGUUCGUCUGAAUCUGAUUCCGACGAAGACAUGUCAGACUCAAGCUCGGAGGAUGAACGCCCACAGACGAAGAAGGCUAAGACUAAGGCAAGCUCCGAUGAGAGUUCAUCUUCGUCCUCUGAGUCAUCUUCUGACUCUUCUGACGACGAGAGCUCCGACGACGAAGACGAAGAUAACGCCAAAAAACCUAAGAAAUCCCAAGCCGAUGAUGAGUCCUCUAAUUCUGAAUCGGACUCCGACUCUGACUCCGACUCUUCGGACUCUGAAUCUGACGAUGAGCCUAAAGUGGACUUGAAAGCGGCUGCCGCAGUUCCACUACCUGAAUCUGACUCCUCUUCCAGCGACUCUGAGUCCGAGGCGGAGGAUGGAAAGCGCCAGAAACCUAACAAAGGGUCGGUUCCCAAUGGGGCCGGAUCGGAUACGUCCGUAACUCUUAAGGCCUCGCCCGAGUUCACACCCGCCCCUCUUCCGCCUGACCCUGUUACAUCAAAGACGAACAAUCGGGGUAAGAACGGGGCCAAGACGCAGAAUCAGCCUUUCUCCCGAAUCCGCAAGGAUAUUACCAUUGACCCAAGAUUGUCUUCCAAUGCCUAUGUUUCGCAUGACUAUGGCGAGAAGGCCCACCAGGACCUUAUCGUGACCAAAGGCAAGGGCUUUACCAAGGAAAAAAAUAAGAAGAAGCGGGGAAGCUACAAGGGUGGUCCUCUAGAUAUCCACAAGAGCCGAAGCAUUAAAUUUGAGGAUUAG